GUCAGACUUAAGCCCGACCUUGGAACCCGGAUUCGGCCCGAUCAAGUUUUGCUUUGCAUAAUUUUUGGUAGAAACAACAGACUAAAAUCUUGGUACAAUAAGUAUUAUCACCAUCGUACAGCCUUCAAGUAGGAACAUGCAAACGGCUGCAGGGAAAGGAGCAUGCGCACCGAAAAUUGCGCCUCGAGUGCCUGUUUGCCCGCUUGUCCGUACCAGUAGGAACUCUACGUCUGCUAGAGGCUUUAUCGACGGGCGACAGCCUAUUGCUGGGGGCAGCGUCGCGGUCGCAAAGCCCCAGUCGUUUCAAGAGCGCAGCCUUGUGGUACUGGACUACAAUGACCUGGCUUCUGGGAAUCAUUUACACGCUCAGAUUGAAGAGGCGCUCGGCCCGAACGGACUUGGCGCCCUGGCCGUAAGGAACGUUCCCGGAUACGUGGCCCGUCGUCGCCUCCUGCUGCCCCAGGCGCAUGCUUUUGCGAACCUGCCCGAGGACGUCCGCCGGCGGUACGAGGACCAGGAGAGCCAUUACAGUGUUGGAUGGUCUCACGGGAAGGAGUCGCUCUCGAGCGGCCAGCCCGACACGUACAAGGGGAGCUACUACGCCAACCCGCUAGUAGACGACCCGCUGCGGCCGGGACCCACCGACUCACUGCGCCCGUGGCAGCACUCAGCGCUGGCGUCCUUGGAGGAGACGCUGUCCUCAGUUGAUGACUCGGGACGCGCUGGCGCCGGCGCCAGCUCCAGUGGGCGGUGCAGCGCGGAGGAGGAGGCAGAGCUGCGGCGCCGUCACCCCGGCUACUACCGGCCCAACUUGUGGCCCCGCCAGGAGCUGCCUGUGUUCGAGGUGGCGCUCAAGGACCUGGGCCGACUCAUCGUGGCGGUGGGCUGCCUCCUUAUGGACCACUGCGACAGCUACGUGUCAUCGCGGCUGGGCGUGCAGGAGGGGCAGCUGUCGGGUGUGCUGCGGCGCAGCUACAACCCCAAGGCGCGGCUGCUGCACUACUUCGCAAUGCCAGGGCCGCAACUGAGUCUGCUUGCUGGGACUGCCGGGGCCCAGCAGCCCCCACAGCAGCAGGAGAACGAGGACUCCUGGUGCGGCCUACACACCGACCACGGCAGCCUGACCGGCCUGACGUCGGCCAUGUACCUGGACGCCUCCGGCCACGAGGUGCCCAACCCCGACCCCGCGGCGGGGCUGUACAUCCGCGACCGAAGCGGACACAUGGUGCGCGCCGGCAUCCCGGCUGACUGCAUCGCGUUCCAGGUGGGGGAGGCGCUGCAGAUACACUCGGGCGGACUGCUGCAGGCCACGCCGCACUUCGUGCGCAGCGCCCGCGGUGUGGCGGCGGCGGGCGUGAGCCGCAACACGUUUGCGGUGUUCAUGCAGCCCAAUGUGGACGAGCGCAUGGACUGUCCGCCAGGCAUGGACCCCAAGUCAGUGAAAAUCGGGCAGUGGCAGCCGGGCUGCACAUUCGGCAAGUUUGCAGAGGAUACCUUUGCAUUGUACUACCACAAGAACCAGUGAAGCACUCGCAUGGUGGCAGCGAGGCAUGGUGGGCUAGGAGGCAUCAUGUGAAAGGCGGCGAACCGAAGGGAGGUUCAAAUGGCUUACAGACAGGCCAGUGCAUAACUAGGCCCAGCACAAUUAUGCAUGGUCGGCGUGAGUUGUUACCUUGCAUGGCAGGACGAAGGUUUGCGGGCACGGGCCUGGCACGCUGGAAAGCGUGAUGCUGUGAUGCUGGCAGGAUGGCCGUCCAGAUAGCACGGCGCUGCGCGGCACCAGCUCCGAAAGUGGGGCCAUAUCAAUGUAAUGCCGCGAGACG